AUGAUUCUCAGCGGUACUAUUGUUAUUGUCUGUGCUAUUUUCGUUUCUGCGUCGCCUAUUGCCCAAAAGACAAUUUUAGUUGAAAUCGAAGAGGGAUAUAACGAUGCGCCUGCAACUGUUUUACCCUCGGUGAACGGUGAUGAAGAACAGGGAAGUUUCUUCGAAGGUGACAUGUUGUUAACAUCGGCUCAACAUCAGGCCAUUCAACACGCAAAAUUGGAGCGAAAUGGUUUAAAAGGAAGCACUAAACAUGAUGAAGAAAUCAUGAUGAUCGAAGAGGCGAUAAAAGAUAUAGCGAAUAAGUCAUGUCUUAAAUUUCGCAAGAAGGAGAAGGAUGAACAUGCUGUUACAAUUCAGGGCUCAGCCAAUGGCUGCUUUUCAAAUGUAGGGUACAGCCCUACCACGAGCGACGACAGUGACGAAGAGGUAACUCAGGUGCUAAAUCUUUCCAAGGGUUGUUUUAAACAUGGAACCGUUGUGCAUGAGAUGCUCCACACUUUGGGUUUCUAUCACAUGCAGAGCACUUUCGAUAGAGAUGAGUACGUGGAAAUAGUGUGGGAAAACAUACGAUCAGGAACCGAGCAUAAUUUUGCAAAGUACACGGUUGACACAGUAACAGAUUUCGGUGUGCCUUACGACUAUGGUAGUGUCAUGCAUUAUCCAGAAAAAGCAUUCUCUAAGAAUGGCAAUAGAGCAAUAAUACCACUAAAGGAGGGUGUUACUAUCGGUCAAAGAAAUGGAUUAUCGGAAAGCGAUAUUAAAAAACUCAACAGAAUGUAUUGUGAAGAAUCUGAAACGGCCCCCGUUAGUUACAUGGCAUAA